AUGGUUCGAUUGAAGCUACACAACAUUUUAUUUCUUGUACUUUUCUGCAGCUCAAAUGGACAGUUUGACAAUUCUAGGAGGCGUCCAUGGAUGGACAGAUUUGUACCAAUUAGGCGAUACUGGGAUCUUCAUGAGAGAGAAAAACCACCGAAAACGAUUAAUCCUUCACCAAGGUUUGUUCUGCUGGCUCCAGAUCUGCUGAGGACAGACAGCGAUGAGAACAUCUACUUACAGGCUGAUAGUGUGUCUGACCCCAUCACUGUCUACAUCGUGAUCCAGGACUUCAGCGAGGCUGUCACAUUUUUACAGGACUCGGUCACACUAAACCAGGCAAAUGGAUUCAGCACCCUCAAGCCUAUACAGCUUUCCUCUGAUUUAUUGAAUCGCGAAGAAAAGAAGAAGAAAUUUGUGACUCUGAAAGUGACCUUUGGAGGUUUCCACGUUGAGAAGAGGUUACUGAUGGUAACCUUUCACUCUGGGUACAUCUUUAUCCAGACAGACAAACCCAUCUACAACCCAGGAGAUACCGUUCGACUUCGAGCCUUUGUGUCUUCUCCAAACUUUAGGGCCAUUAACAACUCCAUCGCAAUAGAUAUUGAGAAUCCAGAUGGUGUGGUGGUUAAACAGGUCUCCAGGACCAGGGCUGUUCAUGGCAUCUAUUCGGAAACAUUUCCACUCUCUGAAUAUGUCAAUGAAGGAACGUGGAUUAUUACAGCAAAGUUUGACCACUGGGAGGAGAACACUUUCACCUCUCAGUUUCAGGUGAAGAAAUAUGUGCUUCCUGCCUUCAAUGUUACCUUAACACCCAAGAAGACCUUCCUUAGCUUGGAUGACAGUGAACUGGUAGUAGAAAUCUCAGCCAGGUACCUGUAUGGAGAGCCAGUCCAGGGGACAGCUUAUGUUGUGUUUGGAGUCAAGAUCAAUAAAGAAAUGAUAAGAUUACCUUCAGUGAAGCAGGUGUCAAAUCUUGAUGGUGGAACUGUUACACUGAGCAUGGAGGAGAUCAAAAGUGCUUACCCCAACAUUCAAUCUUUGAUCGGGAACUCUGUGUAUGUCAAGGCCUCUGUGCUCACCAGCACAGGAAGUGAUCUGGUUGAGGCCGAGAAGUCUGGCAUUAAAAUUGUGGAAUCUCCCUACGUCUUAUUGUUCCAAAACAUACCAAAGUACUUCAAGCCAGGCCUGCCAUUUGACUUCACAAUUCAGGUGAGCCACCACGAUGGUUCUUUGGCCCGUAACGUCCUGGUUAAGCUGAACUUGCUGGACACUCCAUUAGUCGUGUCCUCCGGAACCACCAGAGCUACCAUCAACAUGCCCAAGAAUAAUCAACCACAAACCAUCAUUGCUGAAACAGCACAGGAUGGCUUGAGACCAGAGCAGCAGGCAAAGCAACAGGUCACUGUUCAGCCCUACACCACCCAUGACCAUGAAAAGAACUACCUGCAUGUCUCCACAGGAACUACCACAGUGUCUUUAGGAGAAAGACUGUCUGUGAAGGUCACAGCCAGUCCUGCAGAUGACUCGUUCAGAGGAUUCAUCAAAGUUAUCACCUACCUGAUUCUCAGUAAAGGAAAAAUCAUACAAGCUGGGCGCAUGGAUGUAACUGGUCAGCUGGUCACCAACAUCGGGCUGAUGGUGACACCUGACAUGAUGCCGUCGUUUCGUGUUGUGGCGUACUACAUUAUUCCCUGGAUUGGAGGAGAGGAGGUGGUGUCAGACUCCAUCUGGAUAGAUGUGGUGGAUUCCUGUCUUGGAGGGCUCACAGUGGGGCCAGUGGACGGCAUACCGAGAGACUACCUUCCUGGGAAGAUGUUUCGCUUUAAGAUAAGAGGUGACCCGGGGGCAAAGGUCAGUCUGGUGGCUGUGGACAACGCUGUGUAUCUUCUCAGCAGGGACAGACUCACGCAAAAGAAGAUUUGGGACGUGGUCGAGCACGGUGAUAUUGGUUGCACACGAGGGGGAGGCCGAGAUGCCAAGGGGGUAUUUCAAGACGCAGGACUGCUUUACUCCUCCAGCAGUGGCUUUCAAACCCCAAAUAGGCAAGCCUUGCAGUGUCCAGGCAGUGCCAGAAGGCGGCGCUCUGCUGAACUGUUGCGACGUAAAGCACAGCUGGAGAGUCACUACAAGGAGAAGCUGCAGUAUCGUUGCUGUAAAGAUGGCCUUCGGGAGAUCCCGAUGCCGUACUCUUGCACACGACGCUCCCUCUACAUCACCGAGGGAUGGGAGUGCAUCCGGGCUUUCCGCUAUUGCUGCGCCACAUUGAGGGACCAGCCGUUUAACACAGAGAUUCCUACGACACCGUCGUCGCCCACUACAACACCUGUUCCCACCACCACUGCUGCUGAAAUUAUUUUGCCAGAUCGGAGAGUACAUCUCUCGCGAGAGAACUUUAACUGGAGAUAUCCUUCACCUGGACUACCUGGACCACCUGGACCACCUGAAAUUGAAAGAAGCACUGUAUUGCGUGGACUUCCCGGCCAGCCUGGACCAAUUGGGCGUGAUGUGUACCUUCAGACAAAUGCGAGGAAAACAGAGGAAGAAGAUUUGGUGCUUAGUUCAAUUGCAAAAGAGAUCAUCGAAGAAGGCGAAGAGGAAGAAGAGUACACAGAUGAGGCUGACGUAUAUCUGCGUUCCAAGUUCUAUGAGUCUUGGAUGUGGAUGGAUGUUAACCUGCCCAGUCAGGCAGAUAGAGACAGUAGACACGGGUUGGCCUCGAUGACUAUGGGGGACCCCUUACCUGAUAGCAUCACAGAAUGGGGGCUUCUGGCUGUCAGUGCAUCACCCCACACAGGUUUCUGUGUUGCGGAGCCCUACAACUUCAGAGCGUGGAAACGUUUCUUUGUGGAGCUGAAGCUGCCGUAUUCAGUGGCGAGACAUGAACAGGUUGAAAUAAAAGCUGUGGUCCAUAACUACGGCUCUGAGGAAUUACAUGUCAGGGUGGUGCUCAUGAAGACUGAAGGCAUAUGCAGCAUUGCUUUCAAGGACAGACACACACAGGAAGUGACAGUGCCAGCUGGCUCUUCGAUAGCUGUGCCCUACACCAUUGUACCGCUGGUGGUGGGAAAACAUCCGUUGGAGGUGAUGGUGCUCGGGAGAGACAUGACGGGAGGAGACCGUAUCCAGAAGCUUUUACGAGUAGUGCUCGAUGGAGUUCAGAAGACUGAAGUUUGGAGUGUGGUGUUGAACCCAUCUGCUGAGGGAGGAACACAGACAGUCCGUGUUGGAAAGAUUGAACUGGAGUCAGUAGUGCCAAACUCUCAACCUGAGUCAUUGGUCAAUGUCAGAGGCAGCGUGUUAGCAGACAGUAUUGAGAACUCCAUCAACGAGGACUCUCUGGGAUCUCUGAUCAGGAUGCCUGGUGGCUGUGUGGAGCAGAACCUAGCCUCCAUUACUCUGCCCCUCAUUGCCACCCUCUACUUAGACCGAACUGGCAACUGGGAGAGCGUAGGCGUGCAGCGCAGGGCAGAGGCUCUCAAGUACAUCAAGAGAGGCUAUGACAAUCAGCUGGCAUACAGAAGGCGUGACGGCUCUUACCCGCCCUACAGCAGGGAAGGAGCAAGUACCUGGAUCACAGCAUAUGUGGUAAAGGUGUUCUCCAUGGCUCACUCCAUCAUCGGCAUUGAGAAGCAACAAGUGUGCGACCCUCUGGUCUACCUGGUGAUGAACAAACUCAGAGAAAAUAAAGGAAUAUAUGUAGAGAACAACCCAGUUUACAGCACUACCAUGACGGGCGGUCUCCGUGGUGAUGACCCAGAGAUAACACUUACCGCCUUUGUCCACAUCGCACUAGCUGAGGCCAGGCAGGCAGGGAUCACCUGCGUCAUUCCUGGUUUGGAGAUGGAGAAUGCCAUGGGUAAGACCACACAGUACUUGACCAAUGCCCUGACUAGAAAUGGGAGGAGACCGUACACCGUGGCCAUCACCUCUUAUGCUCUGGCUCUUGCGGGGGCACCUCACAAUGUUCAUCAACCGUUACUCGAAGCUGCAGCCCGAGGUGGCAGCCACUGGCCUGACAGGGAAAACCACUUCUUCACGUUGGAGGCGACCGGCUAUGCCCUGCUGGCUCUGAUUAAGUUGGGACACAUGGAGGAGGCAGCAGCACCCUUUAAAUGGCUGAACAGCCAGCGAAGAAGAGGAGGCGGCUUUGGCUCUACUCAGUCCACCAUGGUGGUGCUUCAGGCACUGUCAGAGUAUAUGAUUAAGAGACCUCCUCCUGAUGACCUCAGUCUGGAUGUAGACAUCAGGAUCACUGGACGCAGAGAUGUCCGCUACCAUUUUAACCCAAGGACAGCCUAUGGCGCUCGCUCAUCCAAGUUGCCUGCUAACCUUGAUUUGGAAGUCAGAGCUCAAGGAAACGGACAGGGAAUACUUGAGGUUGUGACCCAUUAUAACCAGCUGCAUGAGGUGGAUGAGAAAAUGCCCUGCCAGCACUUUGAGCUCAGUGUUGCUAUUGAAGAGUCCCGGGAAAAGCCUCCAGCAGAUGUAGAGAAGUCCUAUCAGAUCACCAUCAAAGUGAGGGCUUUAGGACCCAGAGAUGUCAGGAUGGUGGUUCUUGACAUCAGUUUGCCCACUGGCUUCACCCCAGAAAACUCAGACCUGGAGAUGUUGUCCAACUCAGUGGAUCAUUACAUCAAUAACUUCCAGAUAGUAGAUAACCUGAGUGACAGGGGAUCCCUGAUCAUCCACCUGUUUAAGGUUUCUCACAAAGAGCCUGAGAUCCUAAUAUUCAGACUCCAGCAGACCUUCAAAGUUGGCCUCCUGCAGCCAUCCUCAGUGACUGUUUACGAGUAUUACAACCCAGACCGCCGCUGCAGUCGUACUUACACCCCCCGUGAGAACAAGGAGCAGCUCAGUCAGAUCUGUAGAAACAACGUCUGCCGCUGCACACAGGGUGACUGCUGCAUCUCCAAAGCGGACAGUGAAAACUUCCCCAGCAAAGAAAGAGAGACGUUUGCCUGCAAGAGCUUACACCAUGUUUUCCAGGUGAAGGUGCUGAAUGUCAUCCAGAGUUACUACGACAAAUACGAGAUGGAGAUCACACAAGUUAUCAAACUGGGUCUGGAGGGUGGAGUUGGAGCGGGUCAGACGAGGAUCUUCAUGUCUCACGGAGGCUGCAGAGAUGGACUAGACUUGAAACAGGGCUCCCAGUACCUCAUCAUAGGCCCCAAGGAGGACCAGUGGAAUGUUGAUACUGAAACCAACAAGUUCAUCUACAUGUUGGGGAAGGACACCUGGGUGGAGCGCUGGCCUUCACCUGCAGAGUGCUCCAGCCACCCCAGCCUGCAAGCUAAAUGCAGGAGUCUAAGCGACACUGCCAGAGAACUGUCGGUCAACGCCUGCAGGCUGUAGAGGUGUCAGAGCAGCUGUCGCACACUAUUUGUCACACACAUACAAAAAAAGGAAAUAAUUUUGUAUGUGCAGGCUUACUGUACCCCUGAUAAAUUCUUUCAAUCUAUAUUUAGUUUUCUCUGUGAAAAGGGAAGUGAGAGUCUUGCCAGUUACCAUAACUUUGAACAAGAUGAAGAAGUAUAAACCGCAGAGAGAGAUGUGUAGUUAUUCUGUGUUUUGCAUAUUUGUCGCACUUACAUGUUUGAGAUCAACUUAAUUUUAAUGCUGGACAAAGAAAAUACACGUAAUUAUAAAAUGCAUUUUUAAAAAUUAUGUUUUUAUUAAGGGAAAAAAGGCUAUUCAAACCUACCUGACCCUAUUUGAAAACAUAAUUGCCCCAUAAACUGUUUUUUUGCAUUACAGUGGAGGAAUUUUUGGCCUACCCUUCUUUGCAGAAUUGUUUAAUUUAGCCACACUGGAAGUUUUUACAAUCAUGAAUGGCCAGUUUAAGUCCAAUCCAAAGCAUAUUAAUUGGCUUUAGGUCUGGACUUUCACUAUGCCAUCACUUUCUGGUCUGCUUUGGGUCAUUGCUACAUAACCAAACUUAGCUUGUGUUUUCAGGCACAAAAUGAUGGCUAGAUUUUCUGGUAGAAAGCUGAAGCAGCAGAGCAGCCCAGACCAUCACACUAAAACCACCAUGUUUGACUGUUUUUAUGAUGUUGAUUUAUAACAUGCUUUUAAUUUGACACCAGAUGUAACAGGAUUCAAACCUUCCAAAAAGUUAAACUUUUGUCUCAUCAGUCCACACAAUAUUUUCCCUGCAGUCAGAUGUUUUGUGGCAAAUGUGAGACAAGUCAUUGUGGCAGUGGUUUUCUGAUUGGAACUCUGCCAUGGAUGCCAUUUUUGUUCAGUCUCGUUCUUAUUGUUGAACCACAAAAUCUGACCAUAACAGAGGAAAAUGAUGUCUGCAGUUCUUCAGAUGUUGCUUUGGGUUCUUUCAUGAUCUCCUGGAUGAGUAGUCAGUGCACUUAUGAAGUCAUUUUAGCCUGCAACUCCUGGGAAGUUUCACCACUCUUCUCAGUUUUCUCUGUGUGUAGAUAAUGGUUCUCUCUGUGGUUCACUGGAGUCCCAAAGCCCGAGGCUUUGUAAAGCUUAACAAACCGAUAGAUAUGGAUGAUUUUAUUUUAAAUCUGUUCUUGAAUUUCUUUAGAUUGUUUCUGACCUUCUUUGAUCUUGUAACCUACCUACUUCAUUUUGUCUGACAGAUUCUAUUUAUAUGAUUUCUUGAUUCAGUGCUCUUCUUGUUGGCUCUGACUCGGUAAAUAACCGCAUGAAUAAUGAUGUUAUUUUCACCUCUAAAGUUGUCUCACUGUUUAACACAGAUCAAGAUCAAAUUAAUCUUAAAGGACAAGCAAUGAAUGUAAUGAAGAUGUAGUGUGUGUGUGUGUGUGUGUGUGUGUGUGUGUGUGUGUGUGUGUGUGUGUGUGAAUAAGACUUAAAAUGUAAAAAGUCCUUUGAGAGAUCAAAGUUGAGUACUGGUCCAACUUUUCUUUUUCAAGGGUGGAAAAAAUAAACACAUGAGAAACGAGUGGACCAGCUUGAAUUAUUUAGGAAUUUCGGUAAUCAACACAGACUCGAACAUAUAGAUAUGCUAAUAUUUGGUCAUAUGUACCUUAGCAAGUUCUACCUGGAUAUUUUCCCAUGGAUAUUGGGAAAAUGUACUGAGCUCGUGACCAGCGUGACCCCAGAAAAGGAGCGACUGGUGAUUGGAGCAGACUUCAGUGGACAGGUAGGGGGAAGGGAACAGAGGUGAUGAGGUGGUGUUGAUUAGGUAUGAUAUUAAGAAGAGAAAUGCAGAAGAAUAACAAUGUAUACUUUAUUGAUCCCCAUGGGGAAAUUACUUUCUCUGCAUUUGACCCAUUCACUCAGUGGAGCUGUGGGCAGCCAGUAAGCAGUGUGUAGGGAUGGUACCUUGCUCAGUGGUACCUCAGGGUAGCUGCUCAGUGGAUUCGAACCCCCAACUUUCCGAUCAUAGGGGGCGACCACUCUACCUACUGAGCUAUCCCUGCCCUAAUGCUGGUGGUUUGAGAAAUGGAAUCAAAGCCAGUGGAGACAAGACAAAAUACAUGUAUAAAUGAGAGGGAGACGAGUGGAAAGGUGAACGUGCAAGGAUCACAAAAGCGAUAUUGAAGGUGGAUGAAUAUGAACACCUGGGGUCAGCCAUGAAAUGAACAGUGCACAAGAGAGAUGAAGAAGCGAGUGCAGGCCGGGUGGAGUGGGUGAAGUGGGUGGAGUAAUUUGUGACAGAUGAAUAACAACGAGUGAAAGGGAAGAUUAACAAGAUAGUAAUGAGACAUGCUUGAUGUGUGACUUAGAAACAUGUCAUGUUCGUUGUGGUGAAAGAAGAAAAGUGAUGCAUACAGAGCAACAUUCUUGACAGGAAGUGAUUUGUAACUUGUUUGUGCAAUGUUCAAUAAGAACACAGACAUGAUAACAUGCACAGGCCUGCAGUAAAACCAGUGGCUGUAGAAAACCCUCCACCGACGCUUAUUUUAAUACUUUUAUCUUCAUAAUACAAGAAUUAAUUCCACUGUGGGAUGCAUCUGAUUGCAUUUUUAUUUGUAUUUGUGAUUGCUGUUGUGUUUUGAUUAGUGUUUGACUCCUGAUGUUAUUGUGAACAAUAUAAACAGUUUGAAUGAAAUAUUUGAUUAAACAAAAUCUGUAAUGAUA